GGAAGUAGGGGUGUGCAUCAUCGAUUGCAGUCCCCCAUCAGUAGACCGGCGAGUUGCACAACGUAGUAAAGGACUUCACCAUGGCUCUUCAAGCGUGUGCAAGAGCCCUUUACCGGGGCUCUAGGCAUGGUUUACGACUGAGCCCCAGAGUUUCAUCUUUUGUAUUAAGCCCGACCCUGGUGCGUGGGCACCGGCUGGGUCCGGCAGAUGACGAGCUGUAUCAGAGGACGACGGUGACGCUGAUGCGAGGGGAGAAAGAUGGCGGUGCCAUGAUCCAGAGCUACAGCCCCACUGGCUUCAACAUCGACGGCAACCGCGUCAUCGGGCCCUGUGCCGUCAUCCCCCCCGCCAUCCUCCAGUGGAAUGUUGGCAGCCACAAGGACAUCACCAUUGAGAGCUUGGCACUGUUCUACAUGCUCGAACCUCGAAUUGAGGUGCUGGUACUUGGUACAGGGGGCCGCAUGGAGAGGCUUGACCCAGAGGUGAUGGCGUUCCUGAAGAAGAAAGGCAUCUCAGUGGAGGUGCAGGCCACGGAACAUGCGUGUGCUACUUUCAACUUCCUGAGCAGUGAGAGAAGGAUCACAGCUGCCGGCCUCAUCCCUCCUCCUCCGCCUGCCAACCCAGAGCUUGUGUAGUAAGACCAAAUACGCUACCAAAGACUGUUCAAUUGCUCUCUCUUAACUGACUCACUGCCAUUGACCUCUAUACGCGCACCAUUUAAAACAGGAACACCCUCUGCCAAUGAAAAAUCUAUGGCAGUAUGAGGCUCUUUUAGUUUUGGAAAUAGCUGGCAGCCAGUGAGUUGAGUGUUGAAUGAGUUGGAGUCAAAAUUAACACUUUCUUGAGAGUAUAUUUGAUCUCACUCACUGAAGUGUUGAAUUGACACUGUGUUAUGUACUGAUGUACUAUAUAGUAGCCCGGGAUUGGUUGCGAUAUUGGAUAUACCAGCAGUGUGGGAACAAAAAGGAAGGGGAAAUGGCAGAUCAGACUACUGUCCACCCUCUCGGGGGAGAGUUCCAGGAUGUGGUUGGAGGUGACUGUGGAGGAGAAAUCUCAAGGACAGGUCCUUCACAAUGACAUGGCCUUCAAUACAUUGACUUAUUCUUCAAUACACUGACCUGCCCUUCAAUACACUAACCUGGCCUUCAAUACAAUGACAUGGGUGGAGAAUCAACCCCACAGAGCUUUUCAAAAUUACAUUCUGUUCUUAGACUAAUGAUCAUAAGUAUAGCGUAUGUUCUGAAAGAGACACAUGGUAGAAGGCCUUCAAAAUCUCUGUGCCAGACAAAUGCAAUGAGAGUACAUGUUACCAUGAAACCAGUACACGGAGAACGCAAAAUGGUGACAGUGAGUGAGUAAUUCGUUGCCAUGGCUGUUCAGGUAUGUUUAUCAUAUGUGUGUGUGCAGAGACGUUUUCUGAAUGGAUACAUUGUAAAGUUGUAAAAUAUGUGUAAUAAAAAUGUGUAUUUGGUA